AUGGCAAUGCUUCUUGGAAGUCGAACUAUAUCGAUGAUCUUAACCGUUCCUGAAGUGAAAGAAUUGACAGCCACUCUUUCCCAGUCUGUCGACGAGCGUCAUGGCGGAUCGUUACCUGUCUCGAAAAUUCGUAAGCCUCCGUCAAUACCGAUCUAUCACGGGUCGAUUGUUAGUAUUGAGCAACACGAAGGAAAUGAAAAUCUCGCGGAUUUGAUUGUCCGCGUUCCAAAUUAUCACCAUGGGUCAUCAUCGGUCACGAUUACAGCGUAUCCAUCAAAUAUGGAUCAGUUCGAUGCGAUAGUUACUCAACGCGAAACAAGUUUCAAACGUCGUGCACCGAUCUGUCCGAUUCUAAACCAGCAGAAAACAGAUAGCGUAAACGAAAAAUCACCGGAGGCACAUAUUCCAUCGACUAGUACUAAACAUUUAGCGAUAGGCCUACGAAAUCUAAGCCAAGUAUUCGCUAAUAGUUGUAAAUCGAAACGAGCCACAGAUGUUAAUCAAAUAGCGAUCAUUCCAGUGCUUCCCGAUGUGGAGAUCAUUACAGAAAACUUUCAAAUUUCAUCGCCCAGAAAGAAAACUACCAAGAGUCGAAAAGCAGAUUUUCUCACUCCGAAGAUUCUUUUCAUUAAACGAAAGUGUUUACAAAUCAAAAAGAAACAUGCCGCGUCGUCUAAAACGGACUCAGAAAAUAACAUAACCAACGCAUCACAAACUGAAAUUCCUUCAAAAGAUGGCGGAACAGAACAAACAGCACCACCACCACCGAAUAUUCCAAUAAUUCUAAUCGAUGCCGAUUCAUCAUCAGCCCAUCCGUACAACACUCUUGAUUCCGAUGCGAAAGACAUCUUUCAAACGGAUACGUUCAUCAUCACAGAUCCAAUCAACCCGUCAUCACCAUUCAUUUCCGACGAGGAAAAUCCUGAUGAGACAGUAUAUGUCGUUCACCCAAAUGGCGACACAUAUUCCGAAUGCUACGAGGUGACCUAUCAGUUCGAUCCUGACUUUCAACAAUAUUUAGAUCGAAAGAGCAAAACAGUAUCUUUUCCUGAAAAUCACGAUCUGCCUUAUCCAACAAUUAAUCGUGUACCUAAUCUAUCGGAUAAUAUCGAAGAAAGUUCUGCACAUAUUUAUGAAGAGCAACCGACAAUUGGUCAAUUAGAACUGGCCAAAUCUGAACUCGACGAAAUUCCUUAUCUCAACGAAGAUUAUACAAUCAUCAUCGAACUGCUAAAAAACGUCUUACAAAUGAAUACAACUUCAAACACAGCUGACGAUGGCACGGCCAUUGACCAAGAUCAACCUCGUGAAACAGCCUGA